AUGGUUCGAUCUUCCUCUCGCCGCCUCUCUGGUCAAUCUACCCAAGCUUCCACUCCAGUCAAUGCACGCCGAUCUGUCCAACAAGAGGAACAGAGAAACAGCAAGUCCAUCCCUUCGUGCCAGCCCACCGCUAGUCAGAAAUUUCGGCCCCGCAAGCAAGUCUCUAGCACCUUGUCUAUUGCUUGCAAGCAAGGAUCCACAUCAGCUUUGAUACCGCAGAAAUCACGAAGGAAGUCAAAAAAAUCAGCAAUUGACGACUCCAAACCCAAUGAGACCUUACCUCUACUGGACCUUGCUUGA